UGGAAUCGCUGUUAUGAAUUUUUAACAAUUUCCAACAAAUUUCGUGAUAAAGAUUAUCGAGAUACGAGCCCAAUAAAGUUAUUCGCAAAUCCCCAAGUCGUUCCCGUUGCCGAGAAAGUGGAAAACGGGUCCUCCUACAAGAUCCGGGGAACCAAUCAACCAACUCACAACCGACCCUAGAGAAUAGAAGUUUGCGACUGGCGAUCCAGGAGUCUCGGAUACCCAUCGGGAACCGUGCCGGCAGCAUCACAGCAAGAUCUCCAGCAAAGAGCUCUACAUCCUCAGAAUAGCUUGCGAAGGCCUAGGAUAGCCCAACUGGAUUCAACAGCCUUACUGGGGGAAAAUGAUGAAGAGACGAAGCGUAUGGACGUACGAUGAAACGCUGGAGAUGCUCAGCAUCAUGCACGAACAGGAAAGUCUGAAAGCCAUGAACGGCAGACCGUUUCGGAGGGAUAAAGCGUUCCGCUUGGUCAACGAGGAACUGGCACAGCGCGGCUACCUUCUGCGGGAUCCCAAAAAAGUAGAGCAUCGAUGGAAAAAUCUGAAACGGAAAUACUUUGAGAUACUCAAGGACCCGAAGCUCUCGGAGGCGGACACUUUUCUGUACUUUGAUGAAAUUGAUCUGCUGAUGAAAGGCGAAACUCCCAAGCAAGGAUCAAUUCGGCCUCAGGGCAAGUAUAAUAACCCGGUUGAGGAAUCACCCAAUUUGCACGCUCAUCUAACCAUCCGAGGCGGAAGCGUUGAUGAUGAGGUUGAAAAGAGUCGCAAAGAACUGACCAAACCGAUCCAGCAAAGGCGACAGUCCCAGCGCACAACGAAAGGAAAAUCGAGCCGCUAUGACAUGGAAGACGAUCUGCUUCGCUCGUCCCCGAUGGCUGCGGGAAAGCCAGCUGAAGAUAUAGUAUAUCGGAAUCAACGGCUGCUCAUAGAUUAUCAGUUUGAGUUGUACAGCACAGCGCAAAAAGAAUCGGACGAAACGUUUUUACAAAUGAGCCGCCAAUUGAUGGACGAAAGCAAUGACCGUUUCAAUUCCAUUCUGUACGAACUGUUGCCAAGACAGACCGGUAAUAGUGAAGAAGAUCGUCUAAAAUAGUUCAACCGAAAAGAUGUGGUCUGACUUUCGUAUUAGUAUAAUUCCCGACCCUUUUUGGACACAAACCAUAAGCACUAACAUAUGCACCAAUUUUAAUGGAAAAACAAUAAAGUAUAAUUCCAAAAACAUGUAUUAUAUU